UAGAUAGUAUUCCAGGUUGAAGCAAUACCUCAAGCCGUGCCCAGUGCCCAGAGCUUUCAAGAUGGACAGAGAUGUGAAGCUGGCUCGACUUCUUGAAACCAUCGGUGAAGGAGCUGAUUUAGACUUUGCGAGAGAGGUGUUGGUAGCCAACAACUGGGAUCUCCAAGCAGCAGCUGCAGUGAUUCUUGGUGAUGGGGUGCCAGUAGCUGCUGCUCCUGUGCCAGCUACAGCUGACCUAGCUGCAGCUAGUACGGCUCCUACCGGCUUGGAGCACACAACCUCCAAUGAAGUUAGGGCACCGAUGCGCACUGGCUUUCACGAGGCUCUGCUGACUCCAGAUGCAGCAGAGCAGGCUCGCCAGGACAAGGCCCGAGAGGAGGAAAGGCUACGAGUGGAGGCUGAAAAGAUUGCUGCAGAAGAAAGAAGGCAAAGGGAGGCGGAAGAAGCACACAAAAAGAACCUGGCACGAAUGGCUGAAGAGCAGCGAGCCGCUGCUGAACGCCAGGCUAUUGAAAGAAAGAAGCAGAAGGUUCAAGAAGAACAGGAAACUCUUCGCAAAGGCAAGGGAAAAAAAGGAAGAAGGAGGGAUGAUGACAGCGAUGAAGACUUGGAGGACAUACCCGUUGACCCUGGUAUAAUGCUCGCAGACCUCUCAAGCCAGCUGGCGAAAGAUGAUGUCAAGGGACCUGUGGAGACUCCCUCCGCAAGGGAAGACGUGAAACAUGGUUCAGUGGAAGUGGCUGAACCAGUUGAGAAGCCAGUGGAGGAGGCGCCGAAAGUAUCGCCUGUGGAAGCGGUGGUGCCGAAAGCUCCACCACUUGCUCCGAAAGAGGCAGCAGAGGCAGUCCCAGAGGUGCCCAAAGAGGAGGAAACGCCACACGAAGAGAAGGCAGAUUCAUGCGUCUCGGCGCUGAGGGCACUGCGGAAGAAGUACCGGGAGGCCGAACCUGCAGCACUUGCAGCCUGUUUCAGGACACUCAACGACCUGUUGCGCAAUGUGAUUGACCAUCCACAGGAGUCCAAGUACCAGCGCAUCAAGGCUGAGAAGUUCAGGAGCAGAGUUGGCAAUCUCGAGGAGGCCAUCGCAGUGGUAGAGGCCUGUGGAUUCCACCCUGACGCCUCCAAGGAAUUUCUGACCAUGGACCCUGACUACGCCAGGACUCAGGGCCUUCGUUUACGAGAAAACAAGCGAAAGAUUGAGUUGUUGCUCAGCGAAUUGGAGAACGCUGGUUUCUGAUGCUUUCUGACUACUGUAACCCAUCAAGUCAAAUCAAGUCUCAGGCUUUGCGAUGCAAAGAGUUUUCGCCUAAUACAGGCCUUGCAUCGCAGGACCCGUGUGCCUCUGGAGUCAAAA